GAGGAGGAGGAGUGUUCUCGGUAGCCAUCUUGGAUGUGCGGGCUGAUUGUUUAGCGACAACUAUUGACAGUUUGGGGGAAAAUUGGCUUUUUAAAACUUCAUUCCCAAACAUUGACCAAUGUGGGGACACCGAGAAAGGAAAUCGUAACACGGAUGCAUCCAGUGAAGGAAGAUAUGAAGACAUCAUCGUAAUCGUCAGUCAUGGCCGAUAAAAGGAAACUACAAGGUGAAAUAGAUCGAUGUCUGAAGAAAGUAGCGGAAGGAGUGGAGCAGUUUGAAGACAUCUGGCAAAAACUUCACAAUGCAGCCAACGCCAACCAGAAGGAGAAGUAUGAAGCCGACCUUAAGAAAGAAAUCAAGAAGCUGCAGCGUCUUCGGGACCAGAUCAAGACGUGGGUGGCGUCCAAUGAGAUCAAAGACAAGCGGCAGCUGGUGGAGAACCGCAAACUCAUAGAAACGCAAAUGGAGCGUUUCAAGAUCGUGGAGCGAGAGACCAAGACGAAAGCGUACUCCAAAGAGGGUCUGGGUCUGGCCCAGAAAGUGGACCCGGCUCAGAAGGAGAAGGAGGAGGUCGGCGUGUGGUUGACGAACACGAUAGACACGCUCAACAUGCAGGUGGACCAGUUUGAGAGCGAGGUGGAGUCUCUGUCGGUCCAGACCAGGAAAAAGAAAGCAGACAAGGAGAAGCAGGACCGCAUCGAGGAGUUGAAGAAGUUCAUCGAGAAGCACCGCUUCCACAUCCGGAUGCUGGAGACCAUCCUGAGGAUGUUGGACAACGACUCGGUGCAGGUGGACUCCAUCAGAAAGAUCAAGGAUGACGUGGAGUACUACCUGGACUCAUCGCAGGAUCCGGACUUUGAGGAGAACGAGUUUCUGUACGACGACCUCGAUCUGGAGGACAUUCCUGCGUCGAUGGUGGCCACCUCCCCGCCAGGACACUCUCACUUGGAGGACGAGAUCUUCCAACACUCCAGCAGCACGCCCACGUCCACCACCUCAUCCUCGCCCAUCCCUCCCUCGCCCGCCAACUGCACUACGGAGAACUCUGAAGACGACAAGAAGCGAGGUCGCUCAACUGACAGUGAAGUCAGUCAGUCUCCUGUGAAGAACGGCAACCCCUCCUCCUCGUUAUCCUCGUCGUCAUCCUCCUCUUCUUCCUCCUCUUGUUCGUCUUCGGCGCCGACUUCUUCCUCCUUGGUCUCCAUGGCGACCAUAGCUAGCGGCGGACUCGCCAACCUGUCGGCCGGCAGCUACAGCAACGCCACCCAGCAGCCGCCCUCCCAGGCGCAGCAUCAUCAGCAGGCCAAAGCCUCCAUUAGCUUCUCGACCUCCGGGGCGUCCGCCGCGCAUCCUGCCAACUCUGCCAACAGCCACCCCGCACCCGCACCCGCCCCCGCCGCCGCCUCGUCGCCCCCCAACAGCAAUGCUCUGGGCUUUUUCGCGUCCUGCUCGCAGUCGCCCGCGCCCUCGCGGCCCUCGCCCGCCUCCAGCAGCCUGGGCCGGGGUCUGUCGCUAGGGAAUAACGCCACCUCGGCUAGCAGCAUGUCGGCCGGACUCGGCCUUUCGGGGAUGCCGGCGUCCCUGAGCACCAUGUCCAGCUCCACCCCGGCGCCGUACGCCCAGGCUGCCGGCUCGGGCCCGGCGGGCUCCAGCCUGCUGGGCUCCCUGGGGUCGUCGGUCGCGGUCGGCGGGCCCACGUCCUCCGCAGGCGGUCUGCUGGGUUCGGUUUCGGGCUCUGGGAUUUUGGGUCUGACCUCCAGCCCGUCGGGACUGCAGGGGUCCUCCGUGGUGGCGCAGAGUCAAGUGGGAGUCAUCGGAGUCAUCGGGAGCAACGACGGCGGCGGCGGCUCGGGAUCCGCCAGGGGCGCCGGGCUCUCCGUGGGCCCGCCCGGCCGACAGAAGCAAAACGGACCCAGCAGCGAGUGUCUGAUGUUUGACAACGUUGGAGAACUCCUCCAAGGUUACAGCGCUGCGCUAGCAGACAGUGCCAGAGACUCCUCCCCCAACAGUGCCAGCCAAUCACAAAGCUGCCAAUCUUUGUCAUUGACCUCAACAGCCAAUCAGCUUAAGGACUCCGCUCCCACCUUACUGGCCUCCAUCACGUUGUCGUCGGGCUCUCUGUCGGCGUCGUCCUACAGCGAGGUCAAGAUGGUGAACAGCGGCGGCGUGCUGUUCAACGGGCCGCUGUCGUACUCCACGCCCUCGGACGGCACCAAGGAGCCCCUGAGCAGCCUGAACUCCAUGGCCGAGCGAGCGGCACUCGGCUCAGCCAUGGACGGAGACGUGACCUCUCUGCACCUCAACACGGAGCUGUUCCCCAGCACGCCGCCCUCGUCGUCGGGCGCCCCGUCGUCUUCGCAGUCGUGUUUGUCGGAGGUGAGCAUCCCGCCCUCGCUGGGCGUGUGCCCCCUGGGGUCCUUGCCGCUGUCCAAGGAGCAGCUGUACCAGCGGGCCUUGGAGGAGGCCGUGUGGAGCCACAUGCCGCACCCGUCCGACUCCGAGAGGAUCAGGCAGUACCUGAUGAGGAACCCGUGCCCCACGCUGCCGUUCCACCACCAGGUGCCGCCGCCCCACUCGGACACGGUGGAGUUCUACCAGCGGCUCUCCACGGAGACGCUCUUCUUUAUCUUCUACUACCUGGAGGGCACCAAGGCUCAGUACCUGGCGGCCAAAGCGCUGAAGAAGCAGUCGUGGAGGUUCCACACCAAAUACAUGAUGUGGUUCCAGAGGCACGAGGAGCCCAAAACCAUCACGGACGAGUUUGAGCAGGUCCUCUCCAUCGUUGCAUUUUCGUCACUACAAGCCAGAUGGUUUUCAAAUAUCAUCAUCAUCAUCAUCGUUGCUGAUUUGAAUUGCUUAUGCAAAAGAAAAUGACAAUGACUUUAUUCGUAACAAGAGAGACCAGAUCAAUUUUUGCCAUGUCAGUUUUUGCUAUAUGUAUGUAAUUAUGAAGGGUAAAUAAUGAUAAAAAUAACUAGAUAUCAAUGUCAAAAAAUCCCGAAUACAGUCAUUUAUGUAGCAUAGGUUCAUGAUUGUGUACGUUCUAGGUGCAUGGUGUUGAUGCUUUAUGAUCUUCGUUUUAAGUAUCGUGACGCCAUCUUGUGGCAUCUAUAGGCAACCGUAAACCGCUUUAGAGGGGCGUCAAUUGAUUGUUCUGUUGUCGUCCUUAGGGAACGUACAUUUAUUUUGACUACGAGAAGUGGGGCCAGCGCAAGAAGGAGGGUUUCACCUUCGAGUACCGCUACUUGGAGGACCGCGACCUCCAGUGACCUCAUCCUCACAUUCCAAACCUCAGUGGCUUCGGGCUGAGGCGGGGUGCUUCAGUUCUUUUUUUUUUUUUUUUUUUUUUUUCCCCCCCCCACCUCAUUUUCUGCCGUCAGGGAUUUUAUUUUUUUUUUCGCCAUAAAAUCCUCUGCUCUUGUCUCGGACCACCAAAGAUGAUUGGCUAUCUCCCAUGCUCGGCCCCUCCCCACCUCGACAUCACUUCCUGUUCAGGUAGGGCUCCAUCAAGGGCUGAAACGGGCCUCCAGCUGAAAAUGGACUUUUUUUUUUUUCUCAGAAAGCUUUUUGAGCAUUUAUUCCUUAUCCUCAAUAUCCAGCUUAAGGUCCAUGUACUAGUACACACUUUGUCCUCACUAUAAGACGAUUCAUCGCAUUUUUCCUACAACUGCCUUCCACUCCUCUGUGAUGUUUUUGCACACUAGUAGCACACCUUUGGCGUACUAGUAGGACAACUACAUGUUACUAGUGAGACAAAACUGCACUUGUUGACAACUGUGCGCUUCAAGUAAUAGUAGUGGCAUACUAGUUGAUUUUUAUGUCACUAAUAGUACUAGUAGCAUGGAGUUAAACUAGUGCAUAGUUUUGUCUUACUAGUAAUGUAUGGCAUAGUUGUCCUACUAGUGAAGACAAAGCGUGUAUUAGUACAUGGUCCUUGUGCUGGUUACCAAGAAAAUGUAAUAAAUGCACGAACGACUUUCCAUCCUUUUGCGUGUCCGUGACCUUGAAGGUGCAAACAAAGACAAAGUGACAAAGUUUGGAGGCUCCGGAAAGGUGCCAGGUGCUGACUGCCGCCAUCCUGUCCGCAGUUUCCUUCUCGUCUCAGGAAGUGUUUGAUGGUUCAAAUGAGGGAACAAGCGCCAGCAGUGUUUUUUUUUUUUUUUUUAUUCCUUUAUUUUUUGUUCCUGGUCACUUCACUUUUUCAAACCACCGCAACUUAUCCUCCAACGUUUGGAGCUGCCUGGACCACUGACUAUCUUGAGAUUUUUCUAUUUUCUUUAGAGUCUCUAUUUUUUUUGGGGGGGUGGGAGUUUUAAACCUCAAGAGGAACCUGAAGGACAAAGUUUUUAUUUUUAAGAACCAGUCGGCAGACGACUUUUAAACUUGUUCUUGAGCUUUUUUUUUUUUUUUUUUAAUUUUCUUUUUUUUUUUUUUGUGGUCCGUGCAAAAAAAAAAAAAAACGAAAUUAAGGCUCAGAAUGGCCUCGUUGUCGAGACAGUGCUGAAAAGUAAAUAAUAAAUGACAUAAUGACCAUAAAGGAGUGUAAAAUAUGAAUAAAAAAUUACUUUUCACUAA